AUGACUGAUCAAGAAACUUCAGAAUCUUUAUUUGAUACAAAAUUCACUUCAGAUUCAACAAUUGAUACUUCAAUCUUACCAUCAACAGAAAUCACAUCAGCUAUAAUAGGUUUCCGUAUUUUAGUUUCUGUUAAAGAAGCUGGUAUAGUUAUUGGUAAAAAUGGUUCCGUCAUCGCUGACAUAAGAGAUCAAACUGGUGUUAAAGCUGGCGUUUCAAGAGUUGUUCAAGGUUGUCCUGAUAGAAUUUUAACUGUUACAGGUCCUUUAGAUUCAACCGCUCAAGCUUUAGGUAUGAUUGCAAAAGCUUUAGCUACAUCACCAUUAGAUGAAACUAUUUUCCAAUAUUUCCCAUUGAAAAGAUUAUUACCACCAGGUGAAGAAGGUUCAACAAGUUUAAGAUUAUUAAUUCCAAAUGCUCAAAUGGGUACAAUUAUUGGUCGUCAAGGUGCAAGAAUUAAAACUUUACAAGAAAAUUAUGAUGUUAGAUUAGUUGCUUCAAAAGAUUUCUUACAAAAUUCAACUGAAAGAUUAGUUGAAUUACAAGGUUUACCUGAAAAAAUUGAAAUUGCUUCUAAAAUUAUUGCACGUUGUUUAAUUGAAGAUUGGCAUAGUGCUGCUGGUACUUCAUUUUAUUUACCAACUCCAAGAAUUCCAAGACGUUCAAAUCAUAAUAAUAAUCAUACAACUUAUAAUAAUCAUCAAAAUAAUGGUUCAAAUCAUUCAUCAAAUUCAGAAAUUUCAAAAACUGUUAAUUUCCCAAGUCAAUUUGUUGGUUGUUUAAUUGGUAAAGCAGGUUCAAGAAUUCAAGAAAUCCGUAAAGUUUCAGGUGCUCAAAUUACAAUUGCAAGUGAAGACGAUGAUAAUAAUGAACGUUCAUUUACUUUAGUUGGUAGUAAUAAAUCAGUUGAUAAAGCUUUAUCAUUUUUACAACAAAAUUUAGAAAAAGAAAAAGAACGUCGUGAAAAAUUAGCUUCAGCUGAUGAAGAAUAA